AUGCCUCUGCGCUGGCUGAGCCGGGAGCGCUACGAGGCGGCAAUCCAGCGGUCGGCCAAGAAGACAUGGGCAGAGAUCCGGCAGCAGCGGUGGUCCUGGGCUGGGGCACUGCACCACGGCUCCCCUGCGCACAAGGAUGGUGCGAGCCGGUGCUCGGUGUCCGCCGUAAACCUCCCCAAACACGUCGACUCUAUAAUCAACAAGCGGCUCUCCAAAUCCUCUGCCACCCUCUGGAACUCUCCCAGUAGAAACCGGAGCUUGCAGCUGAGCCCGUGGGAGAGCAGCAUCGUGGACCGCCUGAUGACGCCCACCCUGUCCUUCCUCGCGCGCAGCCGGAGCGCCGUGACGCUGGCUGGGAACGGCAAGGAGCAGGCCCGGUCCGGCAUCCCCGGCCCGGCCGUCGGCUCCCCCCACAAGCCGCCCCUGCCCCGCAGCGCCCACUCCUCUCCCAAGGUGCGGGCCAGGGCCCGGGAGGAGCGGGGAGAGCAGGAGGGCCAGGCGAAGGCACGUGAGAGGAAGGAGGAGGAGCGGGGCCCAGCCCCCCCAGCCCUCCCUGAGCCCCCCAAGAGGGAAGAGGCCGAGGCAAGGGCGCGUGAAGAGGCUGAGCGGCAGCAGCUGGAGCGGGAGAAGCAUUUCCAGCGUGAGGAGCAGGAGCGGCUGGAGAGGAAGAAGCGCCUGGAGGAGAUCAUGAAGAGGACACGCAAAUCAGAUGCAGCAGAUGCCAAGAAGAAGGAGGACAAGAAGGUGGUGAAUGGGAAAGCAGCUGAGCAGGAGGAGGUCCCAGGUAUGAGGCUCCUUCCCACACCCUGCUGCACCUCCGGGGUGCCCAGGGUCUACAGAGCCGUGACCCUGUCCUGCUCCCCUGCCCUGGCCAUGCUCCUGCCCGGGGCCAUGGCUGAGCGGGGGCUCUGCUGA